UGGAGGGAGGCCACCGGGAUGCUCCACGGCCAAUCUGCUUCCCCCUGGCUUUCCCAGCUCGCGAGGCCGGGCGAGGGAGAGGGCGGAGGAACUUGCCUUUGCCCCUUCCCCAAUCGCACACUGAACAAACCCGCCCCGGUUUCCUGACUCGACGGCGCCGCGGUGCCAGGCGGAGUGACGUCAGGAGCGGCCCUCCGCCCGGGAAAAGCCCAGGGCCCCGUCCCGGCUCGUCCGCCCCACUGCCGCCGCGCAGAGAGCUCCACGGACCCGCUCCUCGCCCCACGCCGAGGCCAAAGGGCCGCCCUCUCUCUACGGCUGCCUUUCCAGGGCUUCCCCUGGACACCCGCACACACCCCGAACGCCUUCCACGCCUGCGGGAGCCUCGGGGGCCCCAUGGAGCCCACUCUGGGCGCUCGCUGAGAAGAGACUCCUUUCGGGACCCGCGAAGGAGGCCAAGGUCACGUACGCCGAUCCUAUGCAUGUUUGCUGGCAGUUUAAGCCCUCUCCUAUCCGGGUAGCUUCAUCCACAGAAGCAAACGACGGCUGAGCGCCUCCCUCCUCCUCCUCCUCCUCCUCCUGCUGCCUCUGCUCCUUCUUCUCCUCGCCAUGGAUUCCUUCAAAGCGGGGAUGAGUUUGGAGAGGCUUCCGGACGGUUUGAGACCUCCGCAGACUUCUUCCCACGACAUGGCUUCCAGCUUCCAUUUGCAGCGCGCUUCCGAAGCCAGGGAACCGCUGGAGAAUUCGGCUAGCGAGUCCUCGGACACCGAAGUCCCAGACAAGGACCGGGUCGGCGUGCCCAAGAGCGGCGACGACGGGGCAGCGGACGACCCGACCAAGAAGAAGAAGCAGCGGCGGCAAAGGACGCACUUCACCAGCCAACAGCUCCAGGAGCUGGAGGCCACCUUCCAGAGGAACCGCUACCCGGACAUGAGCAUGCGCGAGGAGAUCGCCGUCUGGACCAACCUCACCGAGCCCCGCGUCCGGGUGUGGUUCAAGAACCGGCGGGCCAAGUGGCGGAAGCGGGAGCGGAACCAGCAGAUGGACCUGUGCAAGAACGGCUACGUGCCGCAGUUCAGCGGGCUGGUGCAGCCCUACGAGGAGGUGUACGGGGGCUACCCGUCCAACUACUGGCACGCCAAGAGCCUGGCGCCGGCGCCGCUCUCGUCCAAGGGCUUCACCUUCUUCAACUCCAUGAGCCCGCUCUCGUCGGCGGCGGCGCAGUCCAUGUUCUCGGCGGCGGCGGCGGCGGGCGCGCCCAGCCCGCUGCCCUCCAUGGGCAUGGCCUCGCCCAUGGGCCACUCGGCCGUGCCCUCCGCCGGCCUCAAUAACCUGGGCGCCGGCGCCGCCGCCCUCAACUCGGCCAUGGCCUCGCCCGCCUGCCCCUACGGCCCGCCGGGCUCGCCCUACAGCGUCUACCGGGACACGUGCAACUCCAGCCUGGCCAGCCUCCGCCUCAAGUCCAAGCAGCACUCGAACUUCGGCUACGGGGGCCUGCAGGGGCCCAGCGCCGCCGCCGCCGCCGCCAGCCUCAACGCCUGCCAGUACAACAGCUGACCGGCGCCCGGACGGGGAGCGGGUCCCACGCGGAGCCGGAGGCGCAGGAGGGCCACCAGGAAGGGCCGCGGGGGGCAGAGCCGCGGGCGGGAGAGCACGGACCCGGCAGGAGGGAGGGGGCGGGAGGAGGAGGAGGAGGAGCAGGCCAGGCCCACGGAUGAGUUGCAAUGUGCGCCUUUGAUUGUUGUGCUGUUUGUGCUUCUUCUCCUCGGGAUGAUGCGGGUUUUGUAGGUGUGUUUACUUGAACUUGCACAGGACUGUCUUCGACGAGCGUCCACUUUAUACGAGGAAAUACGGUAACGCUUUGCCGGGGGGGGGGGG